CGCGAUCGCACUAGACGAUAUUUACCUGCCUGCGAUUGCCGGGGCAGGAGCGUAUCGGCCGCACGCAGCUCCCUCGAGAGCCGCCCUCCCCCUCGGGCCCACCCGCACGCAACACGGCGACGAGAACAGCGCGCCAUGCGUCAUCAAUCUUAAAGAAACGAAGAACGAGGAUCCGGGACGAGGAAUCUGCGAUCGGUAAGCGGCUAAAGCGUCCAAGAUGUUGCUAAAAUUGACGAUCCUGCUCUGGGCGGCAAUUCCGAUUGCGUUGUCUCAGAGCAACUAUGCGUCGCAAGGCAACAGCAUCGAGUAUCAACCGGGACUGCCGCCGAGCACGGUCCUCGACGGCAAGGUCACCAAGCUGGACGAUAUCUCGCCGAUUAUAUUUCUGAAUCGAACCAAGGCCUAUCUAAACUGCGGCCAGGGUAGCAUGGAGGUCGAGCUUAAAUUCGAGGAACCGUUCUACGGAGUUGCCUACGCCGACUUUGACCGCAACAGCGCCUGCAUCUUCAAAGGACGAGGCGCGACCACCGCUAAAUUGGAACUACCUCUAAAGGGAUGCGGUACAAAGCAGGAUCCUCUGCGAGUGUUUACCAAUAACGUGGUUGUUCGCUUUCAUCCUGGAUUAGAAAUGGACGGAGAUGAAGUUAUCACUAUAGUUUGCAGAUAUCCCCCACCUCAAGCGCCUGCACCUCCAAAGCCUCCAGAGAGCAUAUUGGCCACGUUGACGCCCUCGCCGGUCACCGAACCGCCGCUGAAAGGUUUCCAGAUCCUGCUGAUUAUCUGCGCGAUCCUAUUCCUCUCGCUGCUCCUGCUAGGUCUUGGCUGUUCCUACAUGUGCCUGAAGCGCCGAAACGUCCGCGUGGUCCAUCGACAUCCGUUCGAGAGUGGCACCGGCUCCGAGAUAACGAAGCUUUCCGGCUCGACCCUCAGCAACAUCACCAUGUUCGAGGGCCUGAAGAUACCACGCGCGCACGCCCUUCUUCACGCGACCGCCGCGUCGACUUCCGGUAGCGAGGCGAAUCUGGUGAUCGAUCAUUCGGACACGUUACCAAGCGAUUAUCCGAGCGAGAGCCAUUCCGAGGUGGACGAGGAACGUUCGCUACCUGUAUCCUCCGCCGGAUCUUACGACAACAAGGCCUUCGUGGAUCAUCGCGAGAUCCAGCGCCAGGUGGAAAUGCGUACUUCGAGUUCCUUGUAUUCCGAGACAGUCGCCGCCGAAGUGGAGACCUCUUCGAUGACAGCCGCGAACGCGUCCCGAGUCAUGAUACCGCGUCAUCCCGUAGCCGUUCCGCUCGAGCCCAAGUUCGACGUGCAGAUGAGAGUGAAAAGAGCACCCCCGCCGCCGAGCCCGUUGCCAUCGGAGUCGGACGUGGCGAGCAUCGCCCUCGAGAGAAAUCUGACAACUAUCCUGGAGAGAGAAGAAUCUAUUCGCUCGUUGGAAAGCGCACCCUAUCGAAUGACGACUUUCUCCUACGUCCCCGAACUUCACGGACCACCGGGUGGUGCGUCCUCCGUUUCCACCAUCUCUCGACAGCAGACGCCUCCGGUCUACUCGAGAAUUCUGCGUAAGCAGGCGGAGCGAGAGACCACCGUGAUUCAGGAGAAACUUCCAUCGCCGACGACCGAGCAACCACCCUUGCAACACGAGAUUCGCCGGCCGAGAUCCCUCACCUCCCUGAACACCGAGCUCACCGAAACUCGCUCGCUGACCGAGGUGACGGACGCGUCUCACGCCAAGUAUCGGGUGGCGAGUAUCUUGGCGCCAACUCCACCGCCGCCACCUUCCAUCGCGCCGACCACGUCCACCACCACGACUCACACCGCCGUUCAGCAUCGCGAGCACCGUCUGCUGCGCGGGGAGAUGACCGAGCCGCUGGUCGAGCCGCAGAUGGUCGCACCUCGCCGUCCCGAGAUUACGACCCAUGAAGUGGACGAUGUAUUUCUGCGCACCGUCACGGAGAAGAAGACGAUCGAGGACGUGGAGCGUCACUCUCGCCAGGUCACUGAAUAUCGCGCCAGGGCGCAACCGCCGCCAGAUCUCAAGUGGGACGUGACCAUCAGGAACUAUCCGACAGAGGAUCUGCCGCCUCCGCCACCAGAAUGGGAGAACUUCUCCGAUGUCAGUUCAGCUUCCAAUUUAACCAUCACGAAUGAACCGUUAAACGCCGGCGUGGACGACGAGCCGGAUGUAAGCAUCGAGCCGACUUACACCACGCGUGCCGAGAUCCCCUGCAGACCGCCCCCCGCCUCCCGUCGUUCCCUCGACGAUACCGAUGCCGACUGGUACACUAGGCUGGCGCGCGUCCUGGAGCCACGUUACGCCGCCGAAUUAACGGACGAGGAGCGCGUCAAGUGGCGCGAGAUCAUCACGACCGAGAGUACGCUACGCACUUUACUAACCGAGGCGGUGGUCAAAGAGGAUUACGAGCUGAUACGUAAAGACGCGAGAUACGUCAAUCUAUUCCCACCAGCAAAAUGGGACGUAAUUAUUCGUAUUCUGAGCCCGCCGUCGACGCAUACUGGCUCCACUUCGUCUUCCGGCCACGGUAAAAAUCAUGGACAGAGAUACAAACGGUCGAAAUCAUCGGAAUGGGAUACUAGGUCCAGACGGUCCUCCCUCCCCACUCUGUACGAGUACGAAAGCGACGGUGGCAGCUCGGCGCGCACCUUAGGCACUCAGAGUCAUCAUCUGCAGGCAUCACAAUCCGCCACGACCAUGAUCAGUGGACAAGGCCGUCCGCGCCGACUAGGCGGUUCUAUUCGUUCGCGAGGCGCCGGUGCCGGCAGCGAGGCCGAUCUCAGAUCGAUGUCCGAGAUAACGGUCCGUGACUUUGCCCGGAUGGAUCGGGACGAUCUGACUAGUUUGAGUUCGUUUGAAGGCGCGGACUCUUUGGUCAGAUCGCUCAGCCAGCCAAGCUUGGCCAGGUCAGGCUCGGAAUUUACCGAACACUGGGGAAUGCCUUCCGGCAGUCUACCACCUUGGGCGACCGCGGAGGAUGGCACCAGCUCUGUGGAAACUACACCGAGGGCGAUCAGACGAGGCGAUAGAUUGGAGGUACUCGCCUCCUUCGACGAGCAAAGACGAGGCCCGUCCGUCACGAGAUCGAGUCGAUACGCCGAGAGGGAACUUAGCGUGCGCGUGACGGAAAGUCAGAGGGCCUCGGAUUGGUUUAACGACAACACCUCCGAGCCGGAGAUGCAGAUAUAAGUGGCUUCAAAAUAUAAUACACUAAUUCACGGUCUUGACCUCGAACCCCUAGAUACAGGGACGACAUUGUUUAAUUUUGACGAAGGUCUGAAAGAAUUAAUUAAUAAGAAAUUAAUUUUGACAUUAGGCAACGCCGUUUGUAUUUUACAGAAUCGAAAAACUUAAGAGAUUCUUAGUCCGCAUUUUUUUGAGUAAUGAAACUUUUUCAUACCAUUCCUUUUUGAAUAAUGAAACAUGAUUUUUUUUAACGAGUUGAUUUCUCACUCGGUUCAGUUAAUUAGAGAAAAAAUAUUUCUUAAAAAUAAAUAUUAUAUUUAAUAAAAUUAACCUUUUUAAAAAUUUUGUAAAUAAAAUCGAGAGCUUCCGAGAAUCCUAGCAGAAAAGAAUGUCAACUUCAGAUAUUGCUUAAAAUGGCUUAAAUAUAUAAGCAGCAAUGCUCAAAAAGAAUGGAGGAACGCGAACUAGGAGGAGACUUAUUAAAAGAUCAGGAGACAUUUUAUUUUUCAGUCCUUCGCAACUCUUCCACAGAUCCGCAUGUUUUCUAUUCUGUCGCGAGUCACGAUAUGACGGAUUAUGAUUUAUACAAGCGCUCAUAUUUUUCUCGGACACUUUUUCGGUCGGUGACUCUACGUGACUCGCGUUUACGAGUGGAUGUCACCGCUGUUUGUUUCGCUCUCAAGCGGAGACUUCCUGCAUGAUCGAUAUCUUGCCAAGAAUGACAAUGCACACGGACAGGCAGCGAAAUAUAAAAUGACGUUUCGCGGAGUAAAAUUCAUUUAUUUGUAGCGGUCAGUUCGCUAUUUCCUUUUUUUACGUCGCUUGUAUCGCUGCCCUACUUUCUCCUACAAUUCUUGGCUGUUUCACUGCCUGGAUUCGCUGUCCAUCGCGCCCGACAGCUUGCUCAUAACCGCUCAAACUUUGUAUUGUCCCAAUUUCGCGAACCACUUUCCGAAUCGUUUUUUCGAUAUCGAGAUGUUACAAUAUCCCGAUUUUUCGAAAACUCGCUCAGCCGCCAGUCUCUUCACACGUCACUCGUAACGUAGACGUAGAUCAUGCGAGUUGGCUUAUCUCGCCACAAGUGAGUCUGUAGAUUCUGGCGAAAAUAUAUCAUCGAAAGAAUCGCACACAAUUUGCAGAAAUUAAACCAUUAAAACCUGUACAAUGGCAGCAAAAGUUUUUUAUCUGUAACUGCGCUCUCAAAAUAUUGUCACUUUAUUAUUUUGUAAAUCGCAGAAAAUAUUGUCGAAAAUAUUUUAUGACAAUAUACAAAAUACGAAAUUGAAUGAAGCGCAGUCUCACUCGAACAUCUUCAAAAGAUUUAAAUGGAUUAAUUGGCAAAUGUGUUAAGAUUCAAUCCACAGGGAAAAUAACGCAAGGAAAUAGCAUAAAAAAUAAUAAAUAAUACAACGUAAUCGCACGAGAGGACAUAACGUUGUUUGCGCGCGACGCAGCUUGUCCUCAGCUUCCUAACGUUCGAUAGAUCGACCGAUCUCUCUCUCUCUCUCUCUCUCUCUCUCUCUUUCUUUUUCUUUCUCAAAGAUCGCAGGGGAUCACACGUAGCUCGCGAUUAAAACAUUCCCGUUUGCGAUACACAACUGCGAUAAUAGUGUACUUAAGUAGGUAACGAAACACACGGUGCUGGGUUAUAUGCUUUACGAUAGCUAAACUUCUCUCUUGAAGAUUUCAUUUAUCUAAUCCCCUUCCUCCAAGCCUUCUAUCCGAUUUAAUGUAUUGUCGUCGGUAUACCUGGGCUCGGCCGAGAUACGUAUCGACCGACACGGUACGUUCGCGUAGAUAGGUAUAUUUGUAAUUAUAUAUACGGCGUACCUUUAUGGCUAAUGUAUAGACACACGUAUUAAAUUUAUGCGUAACCCUCUGAGCGCGCUUUAUCUACGUGCAGUCAUUAGAGUUUAGAGAAGUCUUCCGAAUCCUUGAACUGCGAAAUGGGAAUUCGGAGAGCUUGCAAAUUACAUUGAUAUAUCAGAGCGCGAUUAUACUUCUCAUAGCGAUCGUACGUAAUUGCUGGGGAAUUUCUAUGUUUGUUUUGACAAUGGCCAACGAUCCGAAAUGUUUCGCUUUCGAAAGAUAACAUUACCCGUCUUGCUUUGUUUGCGUAUCGUUCAAAUUAACGAAUGUCAAAAAUUUGCGCGAGCAAAACACAUUGAGGUAACGCAAAACUAAUUUCUGCAACAAUAUCAAACAAUUGCACCAGCGAAUUUUUACAUGCAAUACGCAAAAUGACGAUAUGUAAUAGCACCUAAAAUUAAUUCGCUGUACAUAAAUAAUCUCUCUCAGGAUUUUUUUUCAAAAAAACGCAUCGCGUUUGAAUUAUUUGCGCGCAACUGCUACAAGCAUAUCGACAAUUAAUGUACGUUAUAUUUUAAUUUGUACGUUGAAUUAUGAUAUUUAACGGUAUCUAUCAAUGUGUGGCAAAGCGAUUGCAAUACUGCUCUCAAUUCAUACACUAUUCAAUAUAAUCGAUGUGCGAAAUAAGAAGUUCAUAGAAUCGUUCGAUAGUUCAAGUCCGAGUCGAUUGUUUGCGAGAUAAAUCCGUGCAAGGACUUGGAAUUGAUUUAUCGCAUUUAAACAGAUUUUUUUUUGUAGAUUUUGUAGAACGCAGUUAUUGCGGCCGUUUUCUUUACAUAUGACUGUAAAUCAAAAUCAAUAAUAAAGUUAUGCAUUAUAUCUUAACGAAA